AUGGCGCCGGCGGGGCCGCGGCUGGUGCUGAGUGAGGAGCGGGUCCGGGCCAGGAGCGGCCUAGCGGCGCACCGCGACCUGGCUGAACUUCAGUCAUUAUCUAUUCCUGGAACUUACCAAGAAAAGAUUACUCACCUAGGAAAUUCUCUGAUGAAUUUAACAGGUCUAAAAUCUUUAGAUCUCUCACGUAACUCAUUGGUUAGUCUAGAGGGCAUUCAGUACCUGAUCAUGUUGGAAAGUCUCAAUCUCUACUACAACUGUAUCUCCUCGCUAGCAGAAGUGUUCCGGCUGUACUCCCUCACGGAGCUCACGGACGUGGACUUCCGGCUGAACCCUGUCGUGAAAAACGAAUCUGAUUACCGCCUUUUUGUCGUGCACAUGCUCCCAAAACUCAGGCAGCUAGAUGAUCGCCCUGUAAGAGAGAGCGAACGAAAAGCAUCUCAGCUGCAUUUUGCUCCCCAGAAAUCGCUUGACUCGAAGCAUGGUUCUCCAGCUGCUUUGAAAGUUGGAAGGCCCCACCGCUCCAGACGCAUGUGCCCUGACUCUGUGUCACAGAAGUGCCCAGUCCUGGAUGCAGACGACGAAGCGGUCCUGAACCUCAUCGCGGAGUGCGAGUGGGGGUUGAGCAACCCUCCUGGGAGUGCGAGUUCCAGCCAGAAGGAGCAGGAGUCAGAGUUCCACAGCUCCCGAGGGGAGCCCGGAGCUCUGCUGAACUUUCGUCCAGCUCAGCAUCAGGGCGGUGACUCCAUGGAGAAGGGCCAGGCGUGGAGGAGAGGCAGCUUGCAAAGACGUUUUCCUGAGCGGAGCCCGCACUGUGGAGACCCCCUGCCUCGGAGCGGGGACCAACCCGAUGCCCAGCACGCCUGCCUGCUGCACCCCCAUGGCCCCCCCCACGCGGACUCGCCAGGUGCAGAGGACUUGGCCAGUUCCCAGAAGUCAAGUCUGCUGGUACCGAGGGCUGCUGAGAAGCACCAGAAGCGGAGGAUGCCCAGCAGCUGGUUCCAGGAGCCACGGGGCCAGGCAUGCCCAAGCUGCCUGGGGAGGCCUGAUGGGCCCCUGAGCCCCAAGGACAGACUCAGCCGGCGGGACAGCACGGGCAGCAGGAGUGAGGCGGCGGCCGAGGAAGCGAGGGCCCACGGCGUGAGCUCCACGAGGGAGCUGCAUGCGGAGGCCCCGUCUGGGCCCAGGGCUGCCCUGGAGGACGCGUUCCUGGAGGCCCUGCUCAGCCUGGUGAGCAGGCACGGGGAUGGCUGCAGGUCUCUGCUCGGCGAUGAGGCCUUCCUGGCCCAGGCGAGACAUCUCUUGUCAUCCGUUCAAGCGUUUACAGCCGCUCGGGACAGUUCGGUUGUGAAUGAGGAAAUUAGUUAUAUGACCCUCGAAAAUAAGUCUUUGCAAAGUCACCUUGUAGAGCAGCAGCAGCAGCAGCAGGCCAAGGUCAGCGAGCUGAUGGCGCAGCUCAGCAUGUCGCGCAGGGAGCUGGAUGACUCAAGGAAGCGUCUAGAAAGAUCCUUGGAGGAGAACAGUAGCUUGAAGUCUCUCCUGUUCAGCAUGAAAAAGGACGUGGGGAAUGCAGGCGCGUCAGCCACGCUGAGCCUACAGCUCUCCGGGCUUCAGGCCAGCGUGGAGAAGCUGUCCGGGGAGACGGCAGAGCUGAAGCAGCACCUGGAGCACCACGACAGGAUCCAAGAGCUGAUCCAGAUGCUGCAGGAGAGCCACAGCUCCCUGGUCAGCACCAACGAGCACCUGCUAGAAGAGCUGGGCCAGGUGCGGGCACAGCACAAGGCAGAGGUGGAGCAGCUGCACUGGAGCUACAAGGAGCUCAAGAAGACCCUGGCCCUGUUCCCGCCCGGCAGCCCCGACCCCGGGGCCCACGCCCGGCCGGGCCCCCUUCCACACUGAGGCCGCCUGCCCGGUCAGCGAGGGGCCUCCGCUCCCGGCCCCCUCACGGCUCCCGACUGCCUUCAGGCCUGGGGCUUGUUUCCAAAAGCGUCCGAAACGUAGGUCACCUGCGCCCUUCGCACGUUCGGUGACAGACGGACAGUGGGUGCUCACCGCCCUGGGGACAGUGAGUGGACACUGGGAGAGCCGGGCGGGCCGAGGACGGUGGCGCUCGUGUGAGCACUGCUUCUUCAGGAGCUGACGUACGGGUCUGUUCUCUUUUGCUUGAAUUGCGUUUUCAGAAAUUAUGUCAUAGUAGGACAUAAAAUGAGACAGUUUGGAAA